AUGGCCGAGGGGUCUGGGCGUUCGCCUCGUGAGGCGAUGGUCGGAGGUUCGGUUCCCGCUGUCCACGCCUUUCUUUCAUCCCGCGUGACUGAUGGAUCGUACACUUCUACAUUUCCCAUGUCUCAAUGCGCCAAAGUCAAGGAUACAACAACGGCCGAAAGGUUGGCAGCAGAAGACAGACACAAUCAAAAGAAGGCCUAAGGCUUUCAGAUGUCAGGGAAGCUUUAGGCAACGGAAAUCUAAGCGAAUGCUUCGAGACUUCAGACAACAGAAACCUAGUCGAAUUUAACGGUAUUACAGUUAACAGAAAUUUAAGCUAAUGCAUUGAAGCAAAGGUACAGCUAAAGUCUAAUUUCGAAGUGAGACUCAGCCUUUGUUCUAAGCGUUUCGUUUGCUGGAAGAUUGGACUUUUUAGGCUCGUAUGCAGAACUGGUAGUGUCGAAGUCCACGUUCAGCAAAGGUGGUGUCGUAAAUUGAUGACGAUGCGAAUAUUGCUGUCUGUGAAUCAAUUUUAGAGGUCAUGUAACCAGCACGGGUCACCACCUCACCGCGACGCCCAGGAGGUUGACAUCAACUUACACGAGGAGGAGAUCGACAAGAUGCCGGCUCUCCGACAGUAAUAACGGCAACCAAGGGGUCAAAGAUGACAUGAGUCCACCAGCGGUCAAUCUCGAAGAAGUCGACGUUAGUUAGCAGCGAACGGGCAUGUCAUAGUUCGUGCCUCGAGCACGGAUAUAAUACCAAGGAGUCAUCAAGGCUAAAGCAAUCAAGGCCAGCAGGAACAACAAAACACUACCCUGAUGAUGGAUACGAGAGAGUUUCCGAAAAAACAGUCCAAAUAUAUUUCCGUCCAUGAACUCGUAACUUCUUCUUCUUCGGAUGAUAAACACAACAUAUAUAUAUAUAUAUAUAUAUAUAUAUAUAUAUAUAUAUAUAUAUAUAUAUAUAUAUAUAUAUAUAUGGUAAAGGUAUUAUACCGUACUCCCGACGUAGAUGCUUGCUAAAAGUCCAGACACGUGUUUCGCCGAUAUUCUGCCGCUGCAUGACACAGCAGCGAGGGGUUCGGCUUUUCAGUGGGACCCCCAGCGUUCUCUAGCGGUUUCUGGUAUAUGAACUCCGGAGAAUAAUCAAGUGAAUAAUUUCAGAAAUUACUCAGUGCAGGACUUGGAGUACGGUAUAAUACCUUUACCAUAUGGAAUUCAUACUACUCGUAGUACUACUUGUUUGUAGAAUGGACAUUACGUGGUUAUUCCACAGUAGUUGAUUGUCUUCGACUCGAAUGUUCAUUGAAAUUUCGGUGCUGACCCUAAAAAGUCAUGUCCCGGAGAUUUAACUCCAAGUCCUUGUGUUUAUAUUGGCCAUACAGGCCGAUGUCUUGGGACUCGCAUCAACGAGCACAAGUUAGCCCUCCGCAGACGUGAUCCUCUGUCCCUCGUGUUUGCGCACGCCCUUGAGCACGACCACCGCUUAAAUUGGGACGGUGCUGAAGUGAUCGCAAGGGCUAACACCAGACAGGCGCGAAAAUUUCUCGAAGCUUCGCAUUCUGGCACGACCAGCAUCAACCGCCACCUCGAUCUAGACGCUCAUUACGAGGGCUUACGUACACGCUCAAUGUCUUUUUCCCACACCCUAACAACUGCUAACCCCCGCUCGGCCACAUAGACGUAUGCUGUUUCGCCAUUCCGUCCCCCCCUUUUGUGACACGGUGAACAACAACCGAAACCCCUAACACAUCUAACGCCGGCGCAUUGCCCCCUGACCUCAUCCCGCAUCAGUGAUCAGCCGCCCUCAUUCCCACUGAUCUGCAAUCCCCCCGCGUUUUCUCUACCUCCAACACAGGGAGCCUCACGGUUAUUCCUUCCCUCCCCCUGCCCCACAGCCUACCAUAACUCGGUGCCCCACCCCUCUCACGCAUCAGCUGUCUGUUUGUCGUUGUCUGUCCUGUCGCGCCAGCCGACCUGGUCUGCCGAUUUCACUUUUCCCUCUGUUCAUUUCGUCUGAAGACGUGUCGGUGUCACUGACUUGAAAAUUUACGAGUACAACUCAAUUAUUCCGAAGAGCCUUCUCUUUAUCAUGUAUAUAUAAAGGUUGAGGGACCCUCACCGACCAGGUUGGCGAACGAGCUCGUCCCGGUGUGUCUUCGGGGUGAAACAAAACCCUCAAGGGCAGUCGCACAGUAACUGGUAGUGCAAUUAGUCUGUAUGUCACCGACUAAGACCAUCUAUUCUGGAAUGUUAUUUUUGGCCUACGAGUUAUCAUCAGCCAGUCGUGACCAAAUAAUGAGUCAUGGGUGAUGAUGAUGAUGAUGAUGAUGAUGAUGAUGAUGAUGAUGAUGAUGAUGAUGAUGAUGAUGAUGAUGAUGAUGAUGAUGAUGAUGAUGAUGAUGAUGAUGAUGAUGAUGAUGAUGAUGAUGAUGAUGAUGAUGAUGAUGAUGAUGAUGAUGAUGAUGACAAUAAUGAUUAA